CGCUUGACUGCUAAGUGUGAGACUUGAUACUCGCGGAGCGUUCUCGAGUCUUUUGAACAGUCAUACACUGCUGUUAUCUCACCCAGAGCCGCACAACUACCAUAAUGCUGCUUAUCGCGCGAAAAUGGAGGUCACGAAAGACCAUGCUCUACUUGUUCGUCGCAGAGUUCCCCUUCACUGUGGCCGCUCUUGCUCUGUUCGCCAUUGCUCAGCCAAACACCUACCGAACACGGCUUUGGACUGAUGGAUACGACAAUGGCUUCAAUAGCUCACCUACUGAGAUCCUAUAUUCCUACGCCAAUCACAGACCAAUCAGCCCUCCCAUCAUCUGGAGUCAAUUUAUCACCGAUUACAACGUCGUCAUAUCAGUGCUUUCCAUGUUCAUAAUGCUCAUCAAGCCAGUCCUGUUCUUCAUGCGGGCUCUGAUUCCCAUUUUCUCCGCUCUGGUUCACACACUCUUGGUCGUCCUUUAUGCAUACAGUGCAUAUGGUCAAUCUGCUUCCGACACGACCGACAAGAACCAUCCGCAGAAGGGUGCACCAUGGUACAUCACCAAGAGUUGCAAUGUCGCUUCAGACAAGAAGAACAUUGGAUAUUGCAAGCAGGCAAAAGCGAGUUUUGCUGUAACGUUGUGUCUGAUACUCUUUGCAGUGACGCUGGCCGUCUCGCUUUAUUCUUGUGUACCUACCAAAGGAGAAAAGUCCGCUCGAGCAGCGGAUGUGGAAGAGACGGAGAUACCAGAAUAUUCGCCAGAAACGGCCCGACUCGAUGAGCAAGAAUGGGAGAAGAUGCGAUCACAGGCAGAAUGGCAGUAUUCAGUGACACCAGGGAUGCCAAACAUGCUGAAUCCGAUGACACCGAGGACAGUGGCUUUCCAGACACUUGAAGGAGGGCGCGCUUCUAUGACUGCUUCAGAUACUUUGCCGUUUAGAGAGCAGUAUGGAGGACCAGAUGGGCGAUGAUGUCGCUGACUACUGGUAAGCUGUAAAUAGUGCACAAAGCUAAUGCAAUCUAAUCUCGACCA